CUCACAUCCCACACGCCCACACCACACGACUUAAGCAAGACGUGUGCAUCGGGCUCGAUUGGUCCCGGCAUUCCGAUCUUCAUCGCCCCGACGAAAAAAUCUCAGUCGCGUCUCUCAAUUCUCGCACGCGCGUCUUCUGUUGCCCGCAAUCAGAACCUCGCCGAGGAGGGAGCCGCCCUCCGAACCAAACGCCGGGGAUCCAAGAACACGCCGGCGCCAUGAGCCACAAGCAUCAGACCCUCCGCUUCGCGAGCGAUCCAACCGCCGGCGACGGCAUCUGGGGCUACCCGACCAGCAAGGCAAACUUCUGCGAAGAAGACUACCUCUUGACGCGCUACAUCGCCGAGUUCAUCAACUGUCUCUCCAAUGCUACCUACAUCUACCUCGCGCUCAAGUACCCCCGCGCCAAUGCCAAGGCCGCAGUCCCAUGGUACAGGACCCUCGACAUCCAGUCCAUCGGCCUGAUCCUCGUGGGCAUCUUCUCCGGCGUCUUCCACGGCACCAUGCACCAGGAGACUCAGCUGCUUGACGACCUCUCCAUGCUCGUGCUCGCCGGGUCGCUGGUCCAGCCUCUUUACGUCUUCCGCCAGUCGCGCGCCGUCGGCGCCGUCGUCGCCACGAUCCUGUGGCUCGGCAUCGCCGCCAUGGCCGCCAUCUACGUCCGCUCCGGCGACAUCUUCAUCCACGUCAUGACCUUCACGGGCCUGCUGACCUUCGUCUGGCCGCGGACGCUCUUCAUCGUCUACGGAACGGGCCGCUGGUCCAAGACGGAGCAGAGGCGGCUGAUGGCGCAGUUCGCCAAGGCCUGCGCCGUCCUGAUCCUCGGCUUCACGCUGUGGCACAUUGACCUCGAGUACUGCGCCGAGCUGAGGGCCGCGCGGAGGAGCCUCGGCGUACCCCUCGCAUGGCUGCUGGAGCUGCACGGCUGGUGGCACAUCUUUACCGCCUUCGGCGCGAGCUGGUAUAUGAGGCUGAUCAGGGAGCUGACGUCCGACGACCAGUCUUUGGACAAUGUAAAGAAGGCGCAGUAAUAGAAACAAAACAAAAACGGGAUGUCACGAGGCGUGUGUUGGAGCCGUUGUGUAGAAGCAACGAUGGUGGCUUUGGCCGGGCCCCAGGGGUUGGAAGCGGCGUUCGGUGGAUGGAUGACUUUCGAAGGCAUGCCUAGAGUGGCUCAGCAGACGAUUCCGGCGUAUGAGGCCAUCCGCAUGGGAAAACCGGACAUUUUGAAAGACUUAAAGCUGGGAGACCAAAUUUUAUGAUAUCGAAUAGACCAUGAUACCCUGACGCAGCCAGGCCAGGACCGGGCCUCUCAGGCGACGCGCAUUGGAACCCAUUUGUGGCGCAGCAGAAGUUGGGGAUCAUACACGCCCCCUUGCUCGAAAGAGGGCAGGAAAAAGGAUGGGAUUGCCUUGAGUCGAGUCAUUUUGGUGUAUGCAAUGUCUUGCUUUGCCUCCUCAUGUGGAACAGGGAGAGUAUUGGAGCCAGACUCAGCAGCAACUUUUGACUGUGAACAAAGUUCAUUUUGGCACUUAGUGCGUUAACGCGUCCCUCCCACAACUAAAGAAUAGUGUAGACCUAAGACAACCAGGUUGUCAACCACUGAGCUGAUCUGUUGGAUUCGAUCUUGGUAACCCCCCUCCUCAAA